AUGGUGAGCCAGUUAUUAUGGCACAGGGCCGCGGCCUCUCGCGGGCUCGCCGCACGCCUGUCCCCGCAACAUCUCGCCCGAGGCUUGGCCACCGAGGCCUCCUCUUCACGCAUGCCGCCCUACCCUAAGAUUGUUCGCAACCUUGAACAAGUUCGCAAGGUCCUGGGCUCGGAACGCUCCCUCACUCUCGCCGAGAAGAUCCUCUACUCCCACUUGGCCAACCCUGAGGAGUCCCUGCUCACCGGCACCAACAAUGGCCGUGAUAUCCGGGGCCAGGCUAACCUGAAGCUGAAGCCCGAUCGUGUGGCCAUGCAGGAUGCCUCUGCUCAGAUGGCUCUUCUUCAGUUUAUGUCCUGCGGCCUUCCCUCUACUGCCGUUCCCGCCAGUAUUCACUGUGACCACAUGAUUGUUGGAGAGCGUGGUGCCGAUACCGAUCUGCCGGCUUCGAUCAAGGGCAAUGCCGAGGUUUUCGACUUCCUGGAGAGUGCGGCUAAGCGUUAUGGAAUCGAAUUCUGGCCCCCGGGUGCUGGUAUUAUUCAUCAGAGUGUUCUGGAGAACUAUGCCGCCCCUGGUCUGAUGAUGCUCGGAACCGACAGCCACACCCCCAAUGGUGGUGGUCUGGGUGCUAUCGCUAUCGGUGUCGGUGGUGCCGAUGCCGUCGAUGCGCUGGUUGAUGCCCCUUGGGAGCUGAAGGCCCCCAAGAUCCUUGGUGUGCGUCUGGAGGGCCAGCUUAGCGGCUGGGCUUCGCCUAAGGAUAUCAUCUUGUCCCUGGCUGGCAAGCUGACUGUCCGUGGUGGCACUGGCUUCAUCAUUGAGUACUUUGGUCCCGGUGUUGAAACCCUUAGCUGCACUGGUAUGGCCACCUGCUGUAACAUGGGUGCUGAGGUUGGCGCUACGACCUCGCUCUUCCCCUUCUCGCCUAACCACGUCCCCUACCUUGAGGCCACUCACCGUGGUCACGUUGCUAAGGCCGUGGCAGAGAUCGCUGGCUCUGGUCCUAAGAACCUGCUGCGAGCUGACACUGAGGCCCAGUACGACCAGGUUAUCACUAUCAACCUGUCUGAGCUAGAACCUCACAUUAACGGCCCUUUCACCCCCGAUUUCUCCGUUCCUCUGUCUAAGUUUGCCGAUACUGUGCGCGAGAAGCAGUGGCCUGAGACAUUCGGUGCCGGUCUUAUCGGUAGCUGCACCAACUCCUCCUACGAAGACAUGACCCGUGCGGAGCACCUGGUUAAGCAGGCGGAGGCUGCUGGCCUCAAGCCCAAGGCCGACUUCUUCAUCACCCCCGGUAGUGAGCAGAUCCGCGCCACUCUUGAGCGCGACCAGACUCUGUCCACCUUCUCCGAGGCUGGUGGUGUCGUUCUUGCUAACGCCUGCGGUCCCUGUAUUGGUCAGUGGACCCGUACCGAUGAGACGCCCAAGGGUGAGGACAACGCCAUUUUCACUUCUUACAACCGUAACUUCCCCGGUCGUAACGAUGGCAACCGCCGUACCAUGAACUUCCUGGCUUCGCCUGAGCUCGUCACCGCGCUCGCCUACUCUGGCAGCACUACUUUCAACCCCAUGACCGAUUCCCUGCCCACCCCCAGUGGUGAGAACUUCAAGUUCCAGCCUCCUCAGGGCUCGCACCUCCCCAGUGCUGGUUUCGAGGCCGGUAACCCCGACUUCCAGCCUACCGCUGCCAUUCCCGAUGCCAGCGUUUCCGUCGCCGUCUCCCCUACCUCGGAUCGUCUGGCUCUCCUCGAGCCCUUCGCUCCUUUCCCCAAGGGUGACCUGAGCGGCCUGCAGGUCCUGUACAAGGUCAAGGGCCAGUGCACCACUGACACUAUCUCUGCCGCCGGUCCUUGGCUCAAGUACAAGGGUCACCUGCCCAACAUCUCCGCCAACACUCUGAUCGGUGCCGUCAAUGCUGCGACUGGCGAAACCAACGUCGCUUAUGAUGAGAACGGAGCUCAGUUCGGUAUCCCCGAGCUUGCUGAGCAAUGGAAGGCCAAGGGUCUCGAGUGGCUCGUUGUCGCCGAGGAUAACUACGGCGAGGGCUCUGCCCGUGAGCACGCUGCCCUGCAGCCUCGCUACCUGGGUGGCCGCGUCAUUGUGACCAAGAGCUUUGCUCGUAUCCACGAGACCAACCUCAAGAAGCAGGGUGUUGUCCCCCUGACCUUUGCCAACCGCGAGGACUACGACCGCAUUGAGGCCUGUGACAGCGUCGACACUGUCGGUCUCUACGACACCCUUCAGGCCGGUGGCCAGGGUGAGGUCCAGCUCCGCGUGACCAAGCGCAAGACUGGCGAGACCUUCAUGGUUCCCGUCAACCACACCCUGAGCAAGGACCAGUCCAGGUUUAUCCUUGCUGGUAGUGCGCUGAACCUGCUGGCCGCCAAGGCUAAUGCCACCAAAUAA